UUAUGAGCAGCCACAAGGCCAAGCCAGCGAGACGAUCAAUACUUUCUAGGCUCGAUGAGAGCUGAUUGGAGAGAACUCCUGUUUGCUCCGUUCCAGCUGGGAAUUCAGCAGGCGCUCACGAUCUGAGGUGACCACCGUCGCUCUGCCACCAGUCACAUGACAUCACCCCGGUGUCGCCACAUGGGUGCCGUGAACCCGCUGUCGAUUUUGAGGAACGGCGACUGUGCAUUUUGCUCCCGUGCCAUGUUUAUGGAGCGAGGGCUGCACUCCUGCAGAUUAAUACCGAGCGAAACACCAGAGGUUGAAUCACACUCCAAUUCAAUUGCAUAAUUCAUCUUAGUAAAUACAGCACAGCUGUGAGGCCAUUAACAUGGCCAAUAAUAUUUUGCAGUGAUUAGCCGGGCCAACGGCGAGCCGAUCUGACAAGAGGACUGGACAGUGAAUGAGGACCCAUCUGGACAAAAGUGGAAUAGAGCGUGUGUAGGAGUGUUUUUUUAAUCUACAUAGCCUCAUCAACGUGGCCAAUGACAGGAACGAGAGUUGAGGAACUGAAGGACGGAGACCUGUACUGAGGGAGAGUGUGUGCCGAGCGUGUGUUGGCAUCUCGUUUUUUCACGGACCAUGUGGCCUACGGCACGGAGGAGCCAGAUGUUCCCGGGCCACGGCGCCUUCUGCGGCGGCCAGGGCGCGUCUCUGUGGAUAUGGAUGUUUUUUUGCUGGGGGUUGGCGCUGGUCAGGGGACAGAGCUACUACCCUACAGUGAACACUCACUACGGGAAGCUACGGGGGGUGCGGGUCCCGCUGCCCAGCGAGAUCCUGGGGCCCGUGGACCAGUACCUGGGCGUGCCAUACGCUGCCCCGCCCACUGGCGAGAAACGUUUCCUGCCCCCCGAGCCGCCCUCCUCUUGGUCAGGGAUCAAGAACGCCACCCACUUUGCGCCCGUGUGCCCGCAAAACAUCCACAACGCCGUGCCAGAGAUCAUGAUGCCUAUCUGGUUCACAUUUAACCUGGAUAUAGUUGCCACAUACAUACAGGAUCAAAACGAGGAUUGUUUGUAUCUAAACAUCUAUGUCCCAACCGAGGAUGACAUACGAGACACCGGCGCCAAACCCGUGAUGGUGUACAUUCAUGGAGGCUCGUACAUGGAGGGCACCGGGAACAUGAUCGACGGCAGCGUGCUGGCCAGCUACGGCAACGUCAUCGUUAUCACGCUCAACUUCCGGGUCGGCGUUUUAGGGUUCCUGAGCACAGGUGACCAGGCUGCUAAAGGAAAUUACGGCCUGCUGGACCAGAUCCAGGCCUUGCGCUGGAUCAGCGAAAACAUUGGCUACUUCGGCGGCGAUUCCAACCGCAUCACCGUUUUUGGAUCAGGCAUCGGCGCCUCUUGCGUGAGCCUGCUCACCCUGUCCCACCAUUCGGAAGGCCUGUUCCAUCGCGCAAUCAUCCAGAGUGGCUCAGCUCUGUCCAGCUGGGCCGUCAACUACCAGCCAGUGAAGUACACACGGCUGCUGGCUGAGAAGGUGGGCUGUAACGUCCUGGACACCAUGGACAUGGUGCACUGUCUGCGGAAGAAGAACGCCCGUGAACUGGUGGAGCAGGACAUCCAGCCGGCAAGGUAUCAUGUGGCAUUCGGCCCGGUUAUCGAUGGCGACGUGAUCCCGGACGACCCUGAGAUUUUGAUGGAGCAGGGCGAGUUCCUUAACUAUGACAUCAUGCUCGGCGUCAACCAGGGUGAGGGUCUGCGCUUCGUGGAGAACGUGGUGGACUCUGAGGACGGCGUCUCGGGCAACGACUUUGACUUCUCGGUGUCGGACUUCGUGGACAGCCUGUACGGCUACCCGGAGGGGAAGGACACCCUUCGAGAGACCAUCAAGUUCAUGUACACGGACUGGGCUGACCGAGACAACCCUGAGACGCGCCGUAAGACGCUGGUGGCACUGUUCACUGACCACCAGUGGGUGGAGCCCUCGGUGGUAACAGCAGACCUGCAUGCCCGCUACGGCUCGCCCACUUACUUCUACGCCUUCUACCACCACUGCCAGAGCCUGAUGAAGCCCGCCUGGUCUGAUGCAGCGCAUGGAGACGAGGUGCCCUACGUCUUCGGCAUCCCCAUGAUCGGCCCCACCGACCUGUUCCCCUGCAACUUCUCCAAGAAUGACAUAAUGCUCAGCGCUGUGGUCAUGACCUACUGGACUAACUUUGCCAAGACAGGAGAUCCCAAUAAGCCGGUGCCUCAGGACACCAAAUUCAUCCACACGAAAGCCAACCGCUUUGAGGAGGUGGCCUGGUCCAAGUACAACCCGCAGGACCAGCUGUACCUGCACAUUGGGCUGAAGCCGCGAGUGCGCGACCACUACCGCGCCACUAAGGUAGCCUUCUGGAAGCACCUCGUACCCCACCUGUACAACCUGCAUGACAUGUUCCACUACACAUCCACCACCACCAAAGUGCCGCCACCUGAGACCACGCAGAACUCCCUGUCUACCAAGCGGCCCAACGGGAAGGCGUGGCCCUUCAAUACGAAGCGGCCACCCAUGUCUCCGGCAUACAACAGCGAGAGCGGCAAGGAGCAGUGGAACGGCGGUGAAGAGCCUGGCCCACUGGUGGUUGAGAACCCGCGCGACUACUCCACCGAGCUGAGCGUCACUAUCGCUGUCGGUGCCUCUCUGCUGUUCCUCAAUGUGCUGGCUUUCGCCGCCCUGUACUACCGCAAGGACAAGCGCCGGCAGGAGCAGCAGCCUCAGUCCAGCCCUCCCAGGACCUCUAACCCAGCUUCGUCCAACGAUGUGGGCCGCCACGCGCCUGAGGAGGAGAUCAUGUCGCUUCAGGUCAACCAGACGCACCACGAGUGUGACGCUGGGCCAGGCGGGGACACUCUGCGACUGGCCUCGCUACCCGACUACGCCCUGACGCUGCGGCGCUCGCCUGACGACAUCCCGCUCAUGACGCCCAACACCAUCACCAUGAUCCCCAACUCGCUGGUGGGCAUGCCCAACCUGCACCCUUACAACACCUUUACCGCUGGCUUCAACUCCACCGGCCUGCCCCACUCGCACUCCACUACCCGGGUAUAGCUUUAAGGAGGCCCGUCUAAGCGUCGGGGAGUGGGAGCGAGUCUUUGGUUUUAUAGGAAUAUACCCAGGGGGAUUACGGAGAAGUCUAAAAACACGAACCGUUUGAAUAGACUUGAACGGGAGGGUCCUGGCCGCGCUCUCCGGAUGCCGAGUGGUUGCAGACCUGCCAAACCGUAAACUACUCCAUCUUCCCCAGCAGUGGGACGAGCAUUUCAAGCAGUAUUUUUUUCUAAUGAUCAUUUUAAAAAUGGGGGUGGGGAACGCCUUUUUAAGAAGACUGGGGAGAUAUCAACACUUUUUUCUUGAAUAAUUAACAAAAAUGAAAAAGAAAAGUGCUUUUUAUUUCCCAUUUCAGUCUCUUGUGGGAAAACAUUUCAAAACAAUGGCCUCUGAGAUGACAUUUGCAUAAUAUUUGUGUUGCUUUUUUUUUUUUGUUUUCUUUUCAAUGCCUUACUGAAAGCUUCGUUUUUUUUUUUCCUACUUUGUAUCUUUCACUGCGUGGAACGUAUUUGCCAUAAACGACUAGAUUCUUGAAAACACGAGAGACGAAUAUAGAAAACGCAUAGAGAAUUGAAGCAAUCCGAACAUGUUUUGAGUUGCAUAUCCUCUUACAUGGUUUUAUGUUUUUUUCUAAUUUCCAGUGCUAAAUAUUUGUCUGAUACAGACUCUGCCACGAGACAAGACUAGAGAUACAGACUUUACUGUGAUUGUUUUGUUAAGCGGAAAGUGCAUCUUUUUUCAACAAAUUUAUCAACUAUCAACUACCGAAUCUGAUUUUGAUGAAAUGCACAUGUACACACAAUACUGGGAACACCUGUUUGUUAGCGUGUGCGCGUCUGUGUGAGUGAGAACAGCGUGCCUGUGGUUAGAAUACCUGAGAACGAGUGUAUGGGUGUAUCUGAGAGAGAUGCUUGCGUGUGCACAUGCCUACAUUUGCCCUGUUUUUGUUGAACACUUUGUGUGGGGGGGUGGGAAAGGGAGGGCUUCUUUGCCAUGUUGUUGAUUUCGUUCACCACAGGUAGUGUUUCAGCUGCGUCUCUGGUCGUCUGUCUUUGCGAAAUAGCACUUUUUUUUUGUUCUUUUAAGGAAAAAAAUUAUAUAUGUCUAAUUUUGCUUAAGAAUUACAAAAAUAAAUCUAUUAUUUUACAUGUAAAAGAAAAAAAAAAUAGCUAAAGAUUCAACUCAACUAACUGACAUGAUUCCAUUGACUUUGUAAGAGUUUCUCCCAGCAGGAGACGGUGGCCUGUUUACACUGAAUAACCUUAUUUCGGUGUAGACCUGUGUUUCUUUAAAUAUAUAUAUAAAUAUAUAUAUAUAUAUAUAUAUAUAAAUAUUGGCAUACAUACAUAUAUGUAUAGGGCUUUUAUGAAGAUUAUACUCCCAUUGAUCUAAACGUGUAAAUGACUACUAUUAGAUUGAAAGCACCAAUAUCCAGAAGACAGAGCGAAUAGUGUUUGUCCUAGUCUAAUUCUCAACACCAUAAUCUGAAGCCACACCAAGUGUCUUUUUAAUAGCUCUAUAUGUAUAUUUAUGUAUAAAUAUAUUUAAUAUUUAUUUAUGUAUACCAGAUGUAUACAUGCUGAUUGUGCCAUGUGCCAAAAUUAAACCAUAAAACUGGAGAAGA